GUCAUUGUUGAAGGAUCGUACCACAGAGUGUGUUCUGCUGCUGUGACCUGGAAAGACCCCCGGCACUACUUCACAGAAAGGUGAGGAAGACGAUGAUGAAGGGGAUUGUGGUCCUGCUCUGCAUGGUCGUAACAUGUGUAUCUCAGAAAGGGAACCAGGGAAGCUCACGUUGGGACCCUAAAGCAGAACACACCGACGGACAGACUUGUUCCAACCUGACCCAGGUACUGGACAACUGGAAAUAUGCCAUUCUAACCCAAGUGAAGGACCUGCUGAUCAAUGACCAUGCUUCUGUUCUUCCAGAAUACAACAGGAUCCAGCCUCUGUCAGAUGCCCUUGGAGACCUCUACAGGCAGUUUAACUCUCUAAAAGACGAGCUGGGGAAGCUCACCUCAAAGCUUGACGGCGUGGAGGGUUUUGUGGACGACCUCAAGGAAGGCAGGUUCGCUCUGCCUCAGCGGCCCGUACAGAGGCUUCCCCCAACCAUCGGUCUGAGGGCUCCACUGCGAGCUCAGAUGAGGGCUCCUGACAGGGGGACUAUCAAGGGGCCAACACUGAUGAGAGCCAGGAGGAGAGGGCCUCAGAGACCUUAGACCAAUCAGUGCUGAUGUGUCAACCAAGAGUUAAUAUGUUUAUAUAUUUUCAGAUGAUUAGUUUGUAUAGUUUUUUGGGGAGGAAUGUAAUGUGAGAAUAGGUCACAUCCAUGAUGAGUGUCCUCAUGAUGCAUGGUGUAGAAAAGAUGAUUUUUAAAUCUCAAAGAAAUGUAUUAAUCCUUGCCUCUCUGUAAAAAGCUGCUUUUAACCACAAGGUGGCAGCUUAAAUCAAUUUAUCUCCUCUGUCAUCCUGCUGCUCUCUGUGUAUUGAUAGCUGGACAUUAAGUAUCAUGAUGGCUGAAAUGGUAGUCUAAAGUUGUGAUU